AUGGCCGACCGAAAAGAGCGGCAAGUCACCAGAGAAAGUGGACACCUCAUCCAGUGCUACCAUAGCCAGCCUCGUGCGAAUCCUCCUUGCGUCUCCUUGCCAUCGCUUCUAAUGAUCGUCAGCAGCAUCGCUGUCGGCAUCAUCUUCCGUCUCGUCAUCAUCACCAUGAAGUUGCUCGCGCUACCGGAUCUGGGCUUCAGCCCUUCCGACCGGAAGGAGAAUGUCCGACGUGUCUCCGAGGUGUCCAGACUCUUCGCGGAAGCUGGGGCCAUUGUGAUCGCGGGCCUGAUCUCGCCUUAUGCUGCAGAUCGCGAGUAUGCGCGCGAGGUCCACAAGAAUGCCUCACUGCCGUUUAUGGAGGUCUUCGUGGACGCGCCUCUGGCGGCCGUGGAGAGCCGCGAUCCGAAGGGCCUCUACAAGAAGGCCCGGGAGGGCAAGAUCAAGGGCUUCACCGGCAUCGACGCCCCUUACGAAAAGUCACAGGGCUGA